AUGGGUAAUCUAGGCAGAAUGACCGCCGCUAACUUGUUAAAAGAAUUGAUGGAUACCAUCCUAGACUAUCUUGCUCCGACCGAUCUGAUCCGAGUAGCGAGGACGUCAAGACGCAUGCAGGAGAUGGUCUAUGAUGAUACGAGAUGGGUCCGAUUACUCAAACAGAUGGGCUGCUGGAAUGAAGUAGAAGCCAGAAAACACGCCGAGGAGGAUAACCCGCAGGCUAAUGGACGACCCAGAAGUUCGAUCAUCAAAGGCCAGACGGCAAAGUACGGCCAAGUACCUUCCAUAACCAUAGAUUCAAAGCCUCCCGAUACUUUUGGUGGUGACUCCAAUGGUUUUGAUGCUGUCCAGUUUACUGUCCCAGCGCGGAUCGAACAGAAACCGAAGGCCGAUGCUCUGAACAUACUGACUUCAGUGAGAUCUGUACGGGGAAAAGCUAGGGAAGAAUACGGCAAAGUCCAUGCUGUCCUCUUCCCCUUCUACAAAGAUAUCAUUAAAUCCCAAGAAACUACCGACUGUCUUGUGUUCAAAACAUACCACGAGCCCGAGCAACAGGCGCAAUUGUUAUCCCAACUGAUAUCGUUUGCCAAGAGUGACAGAGCUGUAGGCUGGGAAGAGCGAAACCGGCAACUUUCUAAUGUGGUGGCCGAUUUUGAAACAGCUGCGCUCCGCGAAUUUAGAAAUGGUUAUGAGACCGGAGAUGUUGACGGGCUGAUGCAGAGAUACGCCCACGUGUUGGUGACACUUAAUGGCGGUCAUGCCGCUAUCGAGCUCUUUAUCCAUCACAACAAUAUCAUGACACAAAAGCCCGAUUUUGGAAACCCAAUGGACUGCCUCAAGACAAGUGCUGUCUCCUUAGAGCAUACUCAAGCUUUCCUUACUCGCCUCCGGGUGGCGGUGAAUCAGGAAAUAUCUAUCAUAGAUCGAUGCUUUUCGAAUUGUUCUGGAAUAACCACGCCAUUCUUAGCGAAGGUCAGCAAAGGUAUCUUAUCUCCCUAUUUUAGCGCGCUGUUUGAUGAGGUUCAUGCCCGGAAUCCAAAUUCUUACCUCCAAGCUGUUUCUGGGACUUAUGUGCAAUCUCGGAAUUUCGUCCGUGGUUUAAAUAAAAUUAAAGAUCCCGCGGAAGAUUUCGAUGAAGCUACUAAUAAGAUGGUCAUGGAAAUUUUCGAGCCGCAUGUUGAAUUAUACCUCGCGGAGGAGCUGGAUUUAUUUCGAAAACAUUCGGAAGAUAUCGUUUCCGACUGGGAUAGACAACUGUCUGAACAGGCCGCGUCGACCGAGUCAUUCUACAUGUCAAAUAUCAACAGACAGGCGGAUAAAAAAGACUUUCUAACGUCAUUUAAAAAGGUCCUCAUGGCUCCCGUGAACAUAUUCCCAGGAUUUUCGAAGUCCGGCACGGAAAAAGCGGAUAAUCUCAACAAGUCAACGGAGAGCCUUGGAUCUAUGGUAACCUCUCAUUCCAAUAGGUCUUCUACAAUUGUCGUUCCAGUCACAAUCCCACAGGCACCCACUGAAGCUCCUACAACCGAGUUGGCCGCGAAAGCCGCCAUUAUGAACGCGAAACUGGAGGGUAUCCGAACACUAUUCAGUAUCGAAGUAGCCCUUAACCUGGUACAUGCGGCAAAAUCCAGCCUUGAAAGGGCAUCCCAGUUCGUUAAAAUACAGGGGGAACUGGGAAAGGCGGCACGAAGUCAAUGCGAAGCGAUAUUUGUGUCUCUGCUACAAAUACUCGGUCAUCAGCACGUCAUAGCUGGCUUUGACAAAGCCGUUGGCCACCUCUCUGCUUAUGAUCCUAGACAACAUAAUGCGAAGGAGAAAACAGGGGUUGAGCCGCUCGUCACAUUUCUCGAGCUUGUCAACGUUGGUGACUUGAUUUUGCAAAUGGUGGAUGUCUUCUACGAGCAAGAGUUGAUUGGAGCGAGGUUGACCGAUCGAAAUGACUUCCUUAACCCGGCAGUCAAGGAAAAGAAGCGUUUUGAACAGCUCCUCGACGAGCGUGUUGCCGCCGGUCUGAAUAAAGGAAUUAAUGCUCUCAUGGACGAAGUGGAAUAUAUACUUGCGACCAAGCAAACAGCGUUGGAUUUUAAUCCCGAAUCGGCUGAUCCUAACAGUCAAACUGUUGAUAUUGGCCCCAGCGAUGCUGCGAAAUCUAUCGUUCAAAUAGUCUCUUCUCACACGCAAAUGUUAGUUGGCAGUACGGACAAGAGCAUGCUGGAUGUAUUUAACCAAGAAGUUGGGCUUCGCCUUUUCGGGGCGUUAUGCAAGCAUCUUAAACGUCAGCGAAUUAGCGUGAUGGGUUCUAUCAGGCUAAUCAGUGAUAUGAACCACUACUUCACAUUUAUCCAGUCCAUGAAAAACGACGAAUUACUGCUUUACUUUACAGCCCUGAGAGAACUCUCGCAGGUAUACUUGAUCGAUCCUUCGGACUCGAAAGAAAUGGCUACCAUCAUAGCAGAUGUAGACCGAUUCAAAGGCAUUCUACGUGCAGAGGAAGUAUACGAGUUUGCCGAGAGAAGGGCAGAUUGGUAUCAGGUGAAAAGGGACGUUGAAAGGGCUAUGUUUGGCAUUGGAUGCAUAGUAAUGUAACCAGUUGUUUAGGC